AUGAAGGUCACUGCUGCUGCCGCUAUCAUGGGUCUGGCCACCCUCGUCGGUGCCGCCAACACCGAGCGCCACCAGGCCCGCGAUCUGGACACGACGCUGCGCGUCAUGAACAACGUCCUCGACCAGAUGGUGGUGGUCGACAACGUCAUCUCGGCCUUUUGGGACACCAGCGACCUCCCGGCCGUCCAGGAGGCCGGCACCAAGAUGAUCGCCAUCAUCAGGGCCUCUGACGAGGACAUCCUGGCCAUGACCCCCGUCCCGCUCCAGGACGCCAUCGCCUUCCAGCCCCUGAGCGACAAGCUCAACGCCCAGGGCGACAAGCUGCUCGAGGGCGUCGAGGCCAAGGUCCCCCUGUUCGGCAGGGCCGCCGUCUGCCCUACCAUGCACACUGCCGUGUCCACCAUCGGCGCCGGCGUGGUCAAGCUCAUGAACGACGUCUCGGACAAGUUCCCCCAGGAGGGCCGCCAGAACAACGCCAACACCAUCCAGCACUUUACCGACUCGUUCGCCUCGGCCAUCGCCAAGCUCAAGGCCUGCGCCGACGUCAACAACGCCGGCGGCUCCGGCAAGCCCCGCGGCGGCGACUACGACUCGGCCCCCGCCGCCACCUGGAAGCCCCAGGCCACCGGCACCGGCGUCCUCCCGCCCCCGCGCGCCACCGGUGCCGCCCGCAACGGCACCGAGGGAGCCGUCAAGGCCCCCAUCGUCACCGCCGGUGCCUCGUCCGUCGUCGCCAAGGGCUUCGCCGCUGCGCUGGUGGCUGCCUUGUUCUUGUAA